AUAUCCCCCUAUUUAUCUAACUCACCAUCCAAUACCUCCCCUCUGACCCUCUUCUUAAUCCAACCCUAAAUCACACACUUUUCUCCCCAACAUCCACCUACCACCACGCUGAUCCUCCGUCGUCACCUAUGAGCAGCCGUGGUCACUGGAGGCCGUCCGAGGACCAAAAACUCCGCCAACUAGUCCAGCAGUACGGACCUCAUAACUGGAACGCCAUAGCCGAGAAGCUCCAAGGAAGAUCAGGCAAAAGUUGCAGGUUAAGAUGGUUCAACCAACUGGAUCCAAAGAUCAACCGAAGUCCAUUCACCGAGGAGGAAGAGGAACGACUUCUAGCGUACCAUCAUGAAUUCGGGAACCGAUGGGCUAACAUUGCGAAGCUUUUCCCAGGUAGAACCGAUAACGCGGUUAAGAACCAUUGGCAUGUGAUCAUGGCUCGAAGAGUCCGUGAAAAGUCCAACAGGAUGCACCAAAGAUAUCAGUACCCAAUUCCUUAUGAGUUUUCAAGAAACAUAGCAUCGUAUCUACAACCAUCCAAAAAUUCAGUUCACGAGUCCAAGAUUGAUAAAGAUGAAGGGAAUCGAUGUUUUGAGUUCUACAACUUCCUCCCCAUAAAAACGGACUCUAACGUGAGUGAAGUAAUCAACCAUCAAAGAAAAGACGACGUUGAGGUGGAGCAAGAAACAACGCAACAAGGGAGAGACGACGAUACUGUGCCAUUCAUAGAUUUCUUUUCGGUCAACUAAGAGGUUCCCCAAAACACUAGAAACAUUUAAGAUGAUUAACCAAUAACCACUACUUUCAUAACUUGUAAUUUACAUAACACUAUACUUUACAUUCAAUAUUCACGAAAUAUGUAGAAUAACAAUACUUA